AUGAAGAACAAGGAAGGCUGGGACGGCAAAUUACGAGUCGAGCCCAAAGCGGUCAUCACGAAUCCAGAGGCUCUGGAGGACUCAGAUUACUCGGACCCGGAGGCACCGCCUGUCGAGGAGAUCGACGCGGAUGAGGACUUGCUGGCGGAUGAGGAUGUGAACGUGGAGAACCAAAUAACACGCAUCAACUUCCCACCCGAUAUCGCCGAGUCAUUGACGGAGCUUGAUCUCUACGAUAACCUCAUUUCGCACGUGAAGGGCUUGGACGAGUUCCAGAACCUGACCAGCCUCGAUCUUAGCUUCAAUAAGAUCAAGCAUAUCAAGAAUGUGGAACACCUCAAAAAAUUGACGGAUAUCUACUUUGUCCAGAACAAGAUCUCUCGGAUUGAAGGGCUUGAGGGGCUGGAUAGGUUACGGAAUCUGGAACUGGGAGCGAAUCGAAUCAGGGAAAUCGAGAAUCUCGACACGCUUUCCUCUCUCGAGGAGCUCUGGCUCGGAAAGAACAAGAUCACAGAGAUGAAGAACCUGGACGCUCUCUCCAACCUCCGCAUAAUCUCCAUCCAAUCCAACCGCCUCACCAACAUCACCGGACUCUCCAACCUCCCCAACCUGGAAGAACUCUACCUCUCCCACAACGCCAUCACCGACCUCUCCGGUCUCGAAACAACCACCACCCUCCGCGUCCUCGACUUCUCCAACAACCAACUCUCCCACCUCGAGCAUCUCGGCACACUGAAGAAUCUGGAGGAGCUGUGGGCGUCUAAUAACCAGCUCACGAGCUUUGACGAGGUCGAGCGCGAGCUGAAGGAUAAGGAGAAGCUGGAGACGGUGUAUUUCGAGGGGAAUCCGCUGCAGACGAAUGGUCCGGCUGUGUACCGGAAUAAGGUGCGGUUGGCGUUGCCGCAGAUCAAGCAGAUUGAUGCGAGUAUGUUGUGA